AUGGGUUCAUUUUUAAUCUCUCUGACCUUCACCAUCUGUAUUCUAAUCUCCACAUGCCCGUUAACAUCAUCAACCACAGAUACAUCUACAAUUUCAUCAAUCUACGAUCUUCUCCACUCCCACGGUCUCCCAAUCGGUCUCCUUCCAAAAGGUGUGACUAAUUUUACGAUAGACCCAUCCACAGGCCAUUUUGAGGUGUAUUUGGACAACAUUUGCGACACCAAUUUCGAAUCCCACGUCCGUUUUAAUUUGAAUGUCUCCGGCACCCUAAGGUUUGGUGAAAUUGCGGAAUUGUCCGGUGUCGCUGCGGAAGACCUGUUUCUUUGGUUCCCUGUGAAGGGUAUUAGGGUGGAUAUUCCUAGUUCCGGGUUGAUUUACUUUGAUGUAGGUGUUGUGUUCAAGCAAUUCUCUCUCUCAUCGUUUGAGACUCCGAGGGAUUGUAUUGUGCUGGGUCUGGAUUCGCCACAACUUGAUCUGUUUCUGUUCAAUGAUCAUGGCCGAAUUGUUGAGCUCAACUCUUGGGUGAUCUCAUUUCAGCUCAAUUGCAUGUGCAUAGCUUUCUUGAAGUGAAAUAGAUACAUUCUGGUGUGCUGCAACUCCAAGUCCAGCUAUGCAAGAGAUACUCUGUAUGCAGCUUUAUCUUCAUCUAUGCAGCUUCAGCAUCUUCAGCUCAUGCUUUGAUUCAGCUUCUGUAGCUGCAAUAUUCUCAAUACACACCCCUCAAGAUGGAGUGUAGAUGUUAUGAACACCCAUCUUGCCAAGAAGUAAAGAAAAAGAAGAAAGACCAAGUGGUUUGGUGGAAAUAUCAUUGAGUUGAUUUGAAGAUGUAACAUGAAGAGCUUUGAGGAUGCCAUGAUGGAUUUGAUCACGAACAUAGUGACAAUCCAGCUCAAUGUGCUUUGUUCUUUCAUGUAAAACAGGAUUGGUUGCAAUGUGUAAAGCUGCUUUGUUAUCACAAAAGAGUAAAGCAGGAAGAGGAUGAAGAAUUCUGAAAUCAGCAAGGAGAGCAAGCAACCAA